AGGAAUUUGGUGGCUAACUGAGCAGAAAGCUCGCUUACUUUCGCCGCUGGCAGCGACGUUUAGCCUGUUUAUACCCGAGCGGAUCACCAGCGCUGUCGUGAAUGUUGAAGCGGAGGGCAGCUACUCUUCCACGGCUGACUGUAUAUGGGAGUACUCCGGGAAAAAGCGAAGGAAGAAGGUCUGAUCUGUUCUCAGGUGAGGUACCAUGAGUGAGGGGGACAGCCAGUUCUACAGCGUCCAGGUGGGCGACUCCACCUUCACUGUGCUGAAACGCUACCGGCAGCUCCGGGCCAUCGGAUCCGGUGCCCAGGGCAUUGUGUGCUCCGCUCUCGACACCGUUCUGGGCAUCCCCGUGGCGGUGAAAAAGCUGAGCCGGCCGUUCCAGAACCAGACCCACGCCAAGCGGGCCUACAGAGAGCUGGUGCUGCUCAAAUGCGUCAACCACAAAAAUAUUAUUAGGUUGAUCAAUGUCUUCACACCACAGAAGUCUCUGGAGGAGUUCCAGGAUCUGUAUCUGGUAAUGGAGCUUAUGGACGCCAGCCUGUGUCAGGUGAUCCACAUGGACCUGGACCAUGAGAGGAUGUCUUACCUGCUGUACCAGAUUCUGUGUGGCAUCCGACACCUGCACUCGGCAGGCAUCAUCCACAGGGACCUGAAGCCCAGUAACAUCGUGGUGAAGUCAGACUGUACGCUGAAGAUCCUGGACUUCGGGCUGGCCAGGACAGCCUGUACCAAUUUCAUGAUGACGCCCUACGUGGUGACCCGCUACUACAGGGCCCCCGAGGUCAUUCUGGGAAUGAAGUACAAGGAGAACGUGGACAUCUGGUCUGUGGGCUGCAUCAUGGGCGAGAUGGUGAAGGGCAGCGUCAUCUUCCAGGGCACAGAUCAUAUCGACCAGUGGAAUAAGGUGAUUGAGGUCCUGGGCACGCCCUCGCUGGAGUUCAUGAACCGCCUGAUGGAGACUGUCAGGAACUACGUGAUGAACAAGCCGCAGUACCCAGGGGUCAACUUCACCGAGCUCUUCCCCGACUGGGCUUUCCCUUGCGAUUCGGAGCAUGACAAGCUCAAGACCAGUCAAGCUCGGGACUUGCUUUCCAAAAUGCUGGUGAUCGACCCUGAAUGCCGGAUAUCUGUGCAGGAGGCCCUGAAUCACCCCUAUAUCCACGUGUGGUACGACCCCAGUGAAGCUGACGCGCCACCUCCCCAGAUCUCAGACAAGCAGCUGGAGGAGAGGGAGCACAGCAUUGAGCAGUGGAAAGAGCUGAUCUAUGAAGAAGUCAUGGACUGGGAAGAGAGGAGUAAGAAUGGAGUGAUGAAAGAAGACUGUGCUGACGCAGCUGUGAACAGCAGCGCCACUCCCUCCCAGUCGUCCUCCAUCAACGACAUUUCGUCCAUGUCCACGGAGCAGACGCUGGCCUCUGACACAGACAGCAGCAGCAUCGAGGCCCUGACAGGGACCCUAGAGGAGUGCCAGUGAGCCUGGCCCAGAUGCUGUCACCUCCCUCCUGCUCCUCUUCCUCUUCCUCCUCCUCCUCCCUUUCUGCCCUCCCUGACUCUGUCUCGCCCUGUCUGUAUGCCCUCAUGCCUCAGCCCCCAUCCUUUCUCAUGCUGACUGGUCCUUUCAUUCCUUCAGGGAGGAGUGGGAGUGGAGGUGGGGGUGGGGAGUUUGUGUGAGGGGGUGUUUUUGUUCUAUUUUUCAGCCUGAUGUGUGAGAAGCUGCAGGUAGAUCAGCCAGGUAUUACAGUGGGAGGAUGGAAGAGAAGAGUUGAGCAAAGUUUACCACACAUCCACCCCCCAACCCCCCAAAAA